GCGUGCGUCGUCGGUAUGUGUGCAUUUCAAAAGAUUUUGCCAACUGACGGUGCUGCGCCGUAAGAAAUGAAAAGUGCCAAAAGAAAUUCCAUAUCAAAUUACCAAUUAACUGUUGAAAGUGCGCGUAAAUAAAAAAAUUGAACAAAAACCAAGUGCGAAACUUGUUUGCCAAACUAAACAAAACAAUGCGCUGGCUUUCAAAACACAACAACAACAGUCACAACAAUCUCAAAUGCCACUAUUUAGCAACAAUUCAGCUCUAAAGAGCAACGAUCUAAAACAGCAACAACAGCAACAGCAGCAACAUAAUGUGAAGCUGACAGUAACAACUGGAGCUCUGCCCAUCAUCCAUGAAUUAUCGCUGGAGCCGGAAGACGCCUCUGAUGACUAUCAGCAAAGCUUUGUGGCCGGCCUUGAGGGGAAGCUGCUGAACAGCUCUGAUGUACACCAUGUGGCUAGCAGCAGUUCGCUCUGCUCGCUACUGUCCAACUGCAGCAGCACCAGCAGCACCAGCAACAUCAGCAACUGCAGCAGCUGCUCAACAAUUAGCAAACAGCCUUCGAAUGCCAGCAAACAUUUUGAGAACACGUACAAGCUGCUGGGCAAGCAGCUGGAGAGCAACUGCCAGCGCACGGCAGAUAGGCUGCAGCAGUUGGACCAGCAGCUGGACAGCUUGGACAGUUUGAGCAGUUCCCAUGCGUCGAUGUCGGCCAUUGUCAAUGGCACGGAGCCGGCGCCCACGCGUCUCGAACUCGAGCUGGAGGCGGUGGAGCGCAUGCGUGUCAUUGUGCAACAGAUGAAGGCAACGCCACAAGAGGCAACUGCAAAUGCCUCCGCACCACUGCUGGCGCUGCUACACGACUUUGCGGCCAAGGGGCAGCCACAGCCGUCCAAAGCUCAAGACGACAGCACGCCCAGCACUCCAGUUCCCAGUCCCAUUACGGGCGCGCUGCCCGCCGAUGGGCCCAACUUUGAGCUGCCCGCGCAGCUGCUGCAAACGGCCAACUCCUGGGAGCUCAUGUACUACGCCUCCAAAAAUGUCGAUGGCCAGAAUUGUCUGAAAGUGGUGCGCAGUCUGUUGACCAACAAAGUUCUAUGUGGUAACCGUGUUAGCCAGAUGACUCGCGCCUACGAUGAUAUAGAAGCCGUGACGCGUCUGCUGGAAGAGAAGGAAAAGGAUUUGGAGCUGACAGUGCAAAUUGGCAAGGAGCUGCUUACGCAAAACAAUGCACUAGAGGCGCGUGUUAGUGAUCUGGAAACGGAUCUCAAAUCCUCCAACGAUGACCGCGCUCAGCUGCUGCACGAGUUGCACAAGAAGAACGAACUAAUUUCGGUGCUUACUAACGACGCAGACGAUGCAACUGAUGCGGAUACGCCCACCAUGUCAAAAUCCAUAACCCUGGACCUGCUGCAAAAGAAGGUGAACUCAUUGCUCGAUGAGAAUAAGACGCUGAAAAGCGAAGCCACGCAGUUGGCUCACCAAACAGAUGAGGUGGAGGAACACGAGCGACGACUGAUGGCAGAUAUAAGUGCCCAGCUAAACGAUGCCAAUUCUCAGUAUGAUAAUAUCAGUCUGGAGCUGGAGCGACAGCGCGAAGAGAAUCGACUGCAGCAUGAGCAAAUUGUGAGUCUCACCGCUCGCUUGGCAGAAGCUGAAAUGCGGCUGCAUCAGCUGACGCAGGACAAUGAUGAACACCUGUCUCUGUUGCACGUGACGAAGGAGAAUCAAAAUGCGCUCGCUCUAGAACUGGUUGAGUUCAAGCAGCGCUAUGAAGAGGUGCUUGCGCUAUUGCACUCUGCCCAGGAUCAGUUAAAGCAGCAGCGAAAGCGUUCGCAACCGCAGGCUCGUAGCUCCUUCCUGGGUGGCCUUGGCACGAAUGGAGCAGCUGCAGUUGUGGCUGUGGAGUCACUGCAUUCAGAACUGAUGGAGUCGUCGCUGUACUCGGAGAACAGCCUUGACUCGGGUAUAUCCGGUGAUAGCCAGCGCUGUGCGGAUCGCAUUAGUCGCAUGAUGUCGCAGCUGCCGGGUGGCAUGGCAGCCAGCUUUGGUUCCAGCAGCAUAUAUGGGCCGCCGCCGUACAAACGCGUGUUCGACACUGUUCGUUGUGCCACCAAGAGUGGCAACUACAUGGACAGCGGUAAUGUGUCGAUGACUCAGCUGGGCGCCAUGUCUAUGAGCAGUACAUCCGGACCGCGCAUGGCCUCCAUGGCAUAUCCGGCUGGCUCUUAUUAUCGUGGCAGCAGCAAUUCGCUGGGUCUGAAGACGCUCUCAACCGAAAGCCUUAACUCGCAGUCAGACGAUGGCUAUCCGGCGCAACCAUCUGGUGUGCCUGGCGCUCCAGGUGCUAAGGAGUUGGAGGCGGCACUUAAGCGCUUGACACCCGCUGAGGUGUUGGCUCGGCGUGCGAUGCUAUCGUAUGCGCCUGUCGGUACCUACAAUUACGAUGAACCCCCACAAGGCCGCGCUGGAGCGGGCGGACAGGCUACUGGACUUACUUUGCCUAUGGGUGUGCGCACGCCGGACAGCAUAAUGUCAACGGGAUCGGGCUCUUCGUCUGGUCUAACGACGCACCAGUGGCGUCUUCCAGAGAAGCUGCAGAUUGUAAAGCCAAUGGAGGGCUCACAGACGUUGCAUCACUGGUCACGCCUUGCCACGCCCACGCUCAGUGGACUGCUGGAGGAGCGACCAGGUGUGACAAUACGUGGUGGACGUGGUCUCGAUGAUUUAGGCAUGCAGUUGUAUACACUAUCCGAUGUGGAAGAGGAUGUAAGCGAGGAUCUGGGCAUGGGCAAACAGUUCGAAGCCCCUGGCUGCACGUACACCUAUACUAAUAGCAUGGUCAUGCAUCCGGAUGAUGGUUUCGUCAACGAUUUGUCCUUCCUCUCUCAGUCGCAAAUGUCCUCGCGAAUGGCCUCCACAUCUACAUCCAGGCAGCCGAGUUGUCCGGCUACGCCUCGAGCCGGAAUGUCGCGGAAGAAUUCGUGUUCAACGUUUUCGGUUAAUUUGGGUCUGGCUGGUAUGUUGAAUGAGCGUGGAAUCAAGGCGGUUACCCCCAGCGCCCUGAACACGCCAGCCGGUCCGAAUUUCUCGCCAACUGUGACACCCUGCAACAGUCCGGAAGGAUCGCCGCCACGUGGCCAAUCGCCAGAGCCGCUCUUUGGACUUCUGUCCUCGGGUGCUGAUUUAAUCAAACGCAAAUUGGUGGGCCCCAGCGAUGUGCAGCUGCAGCGCAGCCUGAGCAAACAGCAGCACCAGCAGAAGGUGAUGCUGUCGCAUCUAGAGCGACGAGCGCUGCGCUCGCUCAAUCUGAUCGAGAAGGUGGAGAGCAUCGGGCUCGAGAACAUAAUCAGCGCACAGCGUGGCCGUAGCGCCGGCAUUGCCAAUCGCAGCAGCUCGCCGCUCUCCCAGUUGAGCAGUUGCGGCAGCAUCAGCGGCGAGAGCCUGCAGAGUUUGCACACCAGCAGCAACAGCAUCGUGGAUGAUAUACACUUUGAUCGUGCACAAAUCAAGGGCGUUCUGCAUCGCGGCCUUAAAUCGCCAACACCACAAGUAACAUCUACAAUGGGCGUGGCCAGCGGCAGCGCCACCACCAGCGCAUACAACAGCGAGGAUAGCGAUGACCAGGGCAUUGUGCUACAACUGAAUGCUAAGGCAAGUUCGGCAACAACGAAAAUGUCACAACCUGCGGCAGGUGCAACAGCAGCAGCAGCAGCAGCAGUGACAGCAGCAGGUGAUGUGCCCUCGACAGCCAGUGAAACGCGACUCAAGCAAAUGCAGCGACAGAAGUCGCGACGAAACCUUAAGAACGGCAUGGCAGCUCAGCGACCCGAUCUGGGCACCAUAGCGGGUGGAAGUAGUGGAAGACGAGUGCGACCCGAUCUGGGCAAGGUGUCCGAUGGCAGUGCAUCAGCCGUUGGAUCCGCGACCGAUGCCAAGGGCAACGAUAGCGAGUCGAAGACGGCGCCACAGAGCAUUACACAGGCCUUUGUGGGUUCGGUUAGUUCCUUGUUGUUUGGCCGCAAAGGAGGCUGGCUGUAAGCUGAAAAGAAACACAAACAUACAAACACACACACGUAUGCUAGAAAAUUCUAAGAUCUAAGCGCGCCGGACUAUGAUUUAAUUAGGCUUCGUUCUGUAUGAAUAUGAUUACCAGUAAAACCAUGCCAAUAGGAGUUCUGUUAGUCGUCGCCGUUGCCGCCGUCAUUUCGUUAACGACUGUCGUCGUAGUCGUAGUCGUGUCGAUGUCGAUGUCGAUGUUGAUGUUGAUGUUAUGCAACACUGGCCACACCUGCUGUCUUAGUGUUUGUAGCUGUGAUUUGUAAAUACUUGUAGUAAAAUGUUUAAAUUUAGUAGUUAUUAUUAAUUAAAGAAUCACUUGUUUUGCUUAUGCAACGGCGGCCAAUUAGAAGCGAAUACCUACAGCAACAACAACAACAACAACCCAGCAGAACAGUGCUAGAAAAACAGUUCCAAGCAGCUUUUUAUUUACUCAACACUUAA